AUGGGAAAGCGCAUGCGUGAUGAUGGCCAACUGACCAAGGAGGAGAGAAGACGACUCAAAAAGACCCGAAAAGAAGCUAUCAGCAUCGAAGACAUUACGCCGUCCUCAACCGAUGUUACGCACACCCCAAAUUCUGAAGCUCAGGAUGACAGCGCCAGCUACACACAGCAUCCUGGCUUGAAUGCCCUACCACAAACAGAGAUCGAUAACUUUCUCAAGUCCGAUGCAAUUCAGAUUGCCGAUCCCCAAACAUCUGGCCUUCGACCGAUCACGUCCUUCUCCUUUCUGCCACCGUCUUUUGCUUCGGAGUAUUCAAGCAUCUUCAAGACCUUUUCUGCGCCAUCAUCUAUACAAGCAUUGGCAUGGCCGUUUCUUUUGUCUCACAGAGAUGUUGUUGGCAUCGCAGAAACUGGCAGUGGGAAGACCCUUGCAUUUGGCCUCCCACUGGUCGUGAGCCUGUCAGGUCUCAAGAAGAAGAAAGGUGUGCGUGCCGUGGUGAUAGCCCCGACUCGAGAACUUGCUAUUCAAGUUUUCGAACAGAUUGAGACUCUCACCAAGGUAGCUUCAUCCUCUCUUAAGGCUGUUUGCAUAUAUGGUGGCAUGUCAAAGGAAGAUCAACGCAGGUCCCUGUCCUCAGCAAAUAUCAUUGUUGCAACUCCCGGUAGGCUGAAGGACUUCAUGAGUGACGGAUCCGCCAAUCUGAGCAAGGUGAAGUAUCUCGUUCUUGACGAGGCGGACAGAAUGCUGGACAAGGGUUUCGAGGAUGAUAUCAAAGAGAUUGUGGGUAAGAUGCCUAGCUCGAAGAAGCGACAGACAGCCAUGUUCACGGCCACCUGGCCGAAGAGUAUACGUGAACUGGCGGCUACGUUCAUGACUGAGCCGGUAAGAAUAACGAUUGGAAGAACAGAUACAGAGGAUUCUGGAGAAUUAAGAGCCAACACGAGGAUCAAGCAGUCCGUCGAGGUUGUCGAACAGCAUGAGAAGGAGGGAAGAUUAUUGCAGCUCUUGAAUCAAUUUCAGAAGGGCGAUAAGAAGAAGGAUCGUGUCCUCGUGUUCUGCUUGUACAAGAAAGAGGCGUUGCGGAUUGAACGAUUUAUUCGCUCGAGAGGCUUUAGGGUCGCGGCGAUUCACGGUGACAUGUCCCAACGAGAUCGAAUCGCUAGUCUUGAAGCAUUCAAAAAGGCAGAAGUCAGCUUGCUCGUUGCCACAGACGUUGCGGCGAGGGGCCUUGACAUCCCCAACGUCAAAGCCGUUAUCAAUGUAACAUUUCCCUUGACAGCCGAAGACUAUGUCCAUCGCAUUGGUCGGACUGGUAGAGCAGGUGCAGAUGGUAUCUCAGUCACUCUGUUCACCGAACAGGAUAAAGGUCUUGCUGGUGGUUUGAUCAAUGUCCUCAAAGCUGCUAAGCAGGAAGUCCCAGAAGCUCUGCUCAGGUUUGGUACCACGGUCAAGAAGAAGCAGCAUGAGGCCUACGGUGCCUUCUUCAAGGAAUCCGAGGAAGGGAAGACUGCGACGAAAAUCAAGUUCGAUGAUUGA